CCGGGGAGUCCGGAACCCAGAUGCGCACCAUACUGCAUUCGAGGGCAGUUCCGCCUAGACCCAGGCAAGACGGAGUGCAUGGCGCAGGGCCUCGCUGACCGACGGCCGCUCAAUGACAUUGCCUUCGUUGACCUCCACGUGUCCUUGGGCAUCCCCGUAGAGCCUGACGCGACCAUGAUUGGCCUGCUGAAGCAAGUUGAGCAGCGGGCGCAGAGGGCCUGGCGCGGCACCCUCGCGGGCAUUGAGCUGCUCGGCCUCCCCCUGGCGGCGGCGCUCGCAGCACUGCGGGCCCGCGUGCAACCGGGCGCCUGCCACGGAGCCGCCCUCUUGGUGAUCCGCGGCGACUGGGCGACUCGCCUGGACGCCAUCUACGACCGAUGGGUCUCUGAGCUCCUGGACUUGACCCAACCGGCCCCCCGGGUCUGCCUUCUCCGCGAGAUCGGGAUGCCGUGGAGACUCAGCACGACCACGCUUCGACAAGCGUUCGGUUUCUGGGCCAGGGUCCAGGCCAUGCCCCAGUCCGCCCUCCCGCCGCGCGUGCUGCGCCUUGCGGGACAAUCCCAGGCCACCUGGACAGCGGCCAUGCAGCACCACGCCGGCGGCCUGAACGUGCGACCGUUCCGGGAGUGGGUGGAGGCGGCGGCCGCUGCGCCCCCCGAGGCGCUCGGCCGGGAAGCGCGCAAGAGGCUCAUCCGGCGUAACCUCGUGGAGGAGGUCGACCUACAGCUGCAGCGGCGUGAAGAUUUCUGGGUGACCGCCGAGCGCGCCCGGCACCCGGGCAGAGGGCUACGGGUCGCGGCGGAUGCGGCAGAGUUCCGCCUGACUUGUCGCGCCAUCCGGCCCUGGGCGCAGUGGCGCCUCCAAGGGCGCUUCACCUCCAGCAGGGCGGCGCGGCGGAGGCAGCCUGUCCGUGGUGCGACGGCGUGGAGCUUGACGUCCAGCACCUCCCACAGUGCCGCAACGCUGCGCAGGCAGCGCGGGACGCCACAGCAGGGACAGCCUGGGAGGGCACGCCAGCCGCAGCGCUUGCGCAGCGCUGCGCCCAGGACGCCGACGUCCUGACGGGGGUGACCGUAGCGGCGCGGCUCGCGGCCGGGCCACGGAGGUAAGUCCUUCGACCCUGGGGGGACCUGGCAAGAGAGCGCGCCCCCGACGGGCGUCCAGCGAUAACCCCGUCAGUCCUGCCGUGGCAGGCUUCGGGGCUCGCUGAGUCGCUGGCAGACCGUCGGGCCAGGUUUAUAAAAUCCGUUUAAUAAGUUUCUCCCACUCUGCCGGGAGAAACCCGCGCCGGCCGGACCGGUGGCGGCAUGCUAUCGGAGAAGAA